GAUGCUUAUGUAUAUCAACUGCAUCGACAGCUGCCCUGUAUCUGGUGCCAGCGAGCUGCACUGCCCGCGAGAUGUCCCCGGAAUGUUGUCGGGGCCAGCUGUCGCACCGGCCUGGAGUGACAAUACUGUAAUUUAGCAUUAGUAUAGUUGAUUGUUAUGUUACGUGGUUAUAUGACAACCAAAGCCCACUGGCCCAGUGGGUUUGCUGUCCACUGGCUUAGUGGGCCGGAUGGUGACGGUAAGAUGAACACUUUGGCAUUCAUGUCACGAGCUUAAACUUUGUGACCUUAGAUUGCACUCCAUACAGUAAAACUAAACAAUAUCACAUCAAGCUGAGCGAUGGCGAGCAGCAGCAGUGUCAUCGCUCGCGCAGGACAGUAUGGCUCCCUGCUUUUGCAGGGUCCGGCCCUUUCCCAAGCAACCAGUAACCUAGGAUCACUCUUUUCUAGCACACAAGCACCGCCCAGCGCGGACCUAAGCUUCUCGGAGCGCUCAUCAUUCGCUCUGGAGCGCCUGGACACGCUCACAGCAUCGUCAUCUGGGCGACAGCAUGCAUCUGGAGACGCUGGAUUGUUUGUGGGGUUCGGUGGCGGGGCAGGCGGGCCGCUGACGGCCGCGCAUGACUCCGGCCUGGCACCCACUAUUUGCUUGUGGGACUCGCGGCUUGUCUCCUUUGACGUCUCCCGCCUGUUGGCCGAGGCGCACCGCGGCCGCCACCAGCCGCAGACACUCUCGGCGCAGCAGCCACAGCUGUCUCAUCAGGAGCUGCUAGGGGCGCAUCAGCACCUGCCACGGCUGCAGAUGCACCUAGGGGGCGCAGACGGCGUCACACCCCGGCUGCAGCUGCAUGCGCCGCUCACGCCGCCGGAGCUAUGGGCGCCGCACGUGCUGCCAGGCGCACCCCGCCCGCUGCAGCCGCACCAGCCGCACCAGCCCCCUGCCCCCGCCGGCCUCCCCGCCACGCCUGCGCCCGCGCCUGCGCCCGCCCCUCCGGCCCCCGGCGGCCCCGCCCCCGCCCCGCUGCGGUGCGGCAACCGCGGCAACACCUACCAGCCCAGCCGGCGCAAGCGGGUCAACCGGCAUGGGCUGGAGAAGCGGCUCAGCACGCCGCAGGGCCGCGAGGUGUUGCUGCGGCGGCUGCGCAAGGGCCGCUGGCGCAUCACGGUCGACUCCUUCCGCUGAGUGUGAGCGCCGGAGCCGGUAUGGAGCAGCAUUGGAGCGUUGAGCCGAGUGCCGGGGCAGAGCCGGAGCGGGGCAGGAGGGAGCAACGCCGGACGGGGGCCGGGGGGCAUCGUGCCGGGUUGGCAGGGUAGGUGCGCACGUGGGGCUGUGGGCUCCGGCCGUGGAGGGGGUUUCGGUCCUAGACGCAGCCGGGAUGGAGGAGGCAGGGGGACACAGGUGUGGCGCAGCGUAGUGCUGAGUGAAGCAGAAUGGGGGCAAAAGUGCCGGAGCCCAGUAAGCCGGAGGUAGGUGGUGCAGGUGAGGGCAGGGCAGGGCAGGCACACACGCUGGGUUGUCGUCUCCGCCUGCUGCGGCCUGCGGAGCGAACGAGGGGCAGGUCCCGUGAGCGGACAGGCGUGCAGUGGCGGGGCACCUACCCCAGGCGCCAGAGGCGCCAAGACUCCUGAGCAGUGAGCGGUGGGCAGGCCCGGUUGUGGGUAAGACGUUUGACUGGUGCACUGGAUAAGGUGCGCAUGCGGAUGCCGGCUGAGGACGAAUGUAAUACGGGUUCAGU